AUGAAUUACUCUUCUGCUUUGUGUACUAUGGUUUGGUUCAGUGGGAAACCCUCCGCCUGCUUGCUUUUUGUACAGUUUGUCAUCCUAACAGCCUUCUGCACAUCCAGCUUCGCCGCGGUUCCCAGAUACCGACCAAUCCAUCGUUCUUGCGGCGUGGCUGCGCCCUCUGAAGACCUCCUUUCCACACAUCACUAUCUGCAAGAAAACGAACCGCUCGAGAACGACCUAUGGAACAGUACUCUCGUCGCCGCUCGCCACUCGUCCAGUCACGAACGCCGUCAAACCUUGACACCCUUAUAUACGAUUGAUACAUAUAUACACAUUGUAUCCGACACAGCCAGCUCGUCCGCCUCGUCGUCAAAUUAUAUCACAGAUAGCAUGAUCCAGAACCAGUUUAUCUACCUCGCCCAGUCCUACACAAACGCCUCGAUCGGAUUCCGCUUGGCGGGCGUGACUCGCACUACCAACGACACAUGGGCGAGCAACGGGGACGACGUGGGCAUGAAGACAGCGCUGCGACGGGGGACCUACUCGAGUCUGAACAUCUAUUACCAAUCCCUCCUGCAAGCGGGCAGCAACACCCCCGGGGUACCCACAGGCAGUAUUCUGCUGGGGUUUUGCUCCUCGCCCGCCAGCGGCGUGACCUCGACUACCCCAGUGAGCUUGUACGUCACCGACGGAUGUAAUGUGCUGAGCCAGACGAUGCCUGGAGGGAAUAUGCAGGGGUACAAUUUGGGAGGCACGACGGCACAUGAGGUGGGCCACUGGAACGGCCUGCUGCAUACGUUCAAUGACAACAGCUGUGACGCUGGGGAUUGGGGCGAUUAUGUGGCCGACACGCCGCAGGAGAUGACCAGCACAAGCGGCUGUCCGGCCUCCAAAGACUCCUGCCCCAACUCUGGUGUUUCAUCCACCGCGUACACGGGCCUCUCCGACCAAGGCUCGAAUCCAUACGGUCCGCAGGGGUUUUCAGGGCCCGAUCCGAUCCACAAUUUUAUGGAUUACUCGACUGAUGCGUGCUAUGCGGGAUUUACGCCGGGUCAGGGAGCCAGGAUGUUGAAUGUGUGGAACAUCUACCGGGAUGGAUUGUGA